AUGAAGCUCGCUGUGGUCCUGCUCUGCCUGGGGGUGGCCGCGCAGCAGCCACCCAAGCCUGCGCGGGAGAUGCUGGAGGAGCGAGAGGAGGCCCAGGGCCAGCUGGUGGCCUGCCGCCUGGAGGGCCGCAGCAGCGAGGAGUGCCGCCAGGCCUUCCAAACCUCCACGGGCACGGCGCCGGACGCGGUGAAGGAACGCCUGGAGCUGGAGAAGGGCGCGCCCCUGGCGCUGCUGGGCACCCUGGAGAACUGCACCCGGGACGCGAAGCUCGCGGAGCUGAACGUCAGCUUCGCGGACUGCACGAUGCGGGUCAAGGCGCUGCUGGAGCGCCUCAAGAACCAGACGGUGACGCCGGAGGAGCUGAGCCGGGAGAUCCGGAAGAGAUCGCGGGGGAGAAGGCCAUGA